AAGGGAGAGAGAGAGAGAGAGAGAGAGAGAGAGAGAAAGGGAUAGGCUUUAUAUAUUUAUUUACAUCUGUGAUAUCGACGCUGAUAUACAUCGACCUUCUUCGCGAGAAAAAGGAGACGAAGAGGAGCGAGAGAGAGAGGGCGAGAGAGGCGAGUGACGUGAGACCCAGAGAGAGAAAGAGGGAGAGAGAAACGUCGCUCGAAGAAAGAUUAUAUCAGUAUCUUAGUGGAUAGGGUUUUUUGUAUAUACGACUGACUCUUUUUUAUAAUUAUUGCUAUCGGCGCGAGUUGCGGGAGGCGCAGGACUGGUCUCACCCGAGGCCGGCGGUGUGAAACCGGAAGAUACUUCUCCGAUCUUUCCCCGGACGAUCGUUCGCGCGGGCGGCGAGAGUACGCGAGAGGUAGCCAUGGUGGAGAAGAUUCUGGAGGAGCGAGAGGACGGCACUCAGGAGGCCGGGCGAGGCGAUGGCACCUGCCGGGACGUAGCCUCGACGGGGGAGUCCAUGAGCGCGGUGCAGGCCCGUCAGGAGGAGGCGAGACGCAAGAGACGCAGGAAGAGACGCUCCGGCUCCUCCGUGGUGUCCUCCUGUUUCCAAGAACUGUACAAACUGACCGGAGAAGUUCUUGGGGAGGGCGCUUACGCCUCGGUCCAGACCUGCACGUCCCUCUACACGGACCUUGAGUACGCCGUGAAGAUCAUCGACAAGAUCCCCGGGCACGCGCGCGCCAGGGUGUUCAAGGAGGUCGAGACGUUCCACCAUUGCCAGGGCCACCCGAACAUCAUACAGCUGAUCGAGUUCUUCGAGGACGAGGAGAAGUUCUAUCUUGUGUUUGAGAAGAUCAACGGCGGGCAGCUGUUGAACAGGAUUCAGGAGCGGAUUCACUUCACCGAGAGGGAGGCGAGCCAGAUCGUCAAAGAGAUUGCGAGCGCGCUCGACUUCCUUCACAAGAAAGGUAUUGCUCAUAGAGAUCUCAAGCCCGAGAACCUCUUGUGCGUGUAUCCGGACAAGCUGACGCCGAUCAAGGUGUGCGACUUCGAUCUUGGAUCAGGUAUCAAGUUCAACAACUCGCUGUCUAGUCCCGUGGCAACGCCGCAACUUUUGACACCGGUGGGCAGCGCCGAGUUUAUGGCGCCGGAAGUGGUCGAGGCAUUCAUCGGCGAGGCCAAUUAUUACGACAAACGCUGCGAUCUCUGGAGCCUCGGCGUCAUUAUGUACAUUCUCCUCUGCGGUUAUCCGCCUUUCUACGGCAACUGCGGCACCGAUUGCGGCUGGGGCAGGGGAGAGAAUUGUCAGGCCUGUCAGGAGUUGCUCUUCACCAGUAUUCAGGAAGGCAGAUACGAGUUCCCUGACAAGGAGUGGAGAUGCAUCUCCGAGGACGCGAAAGACUUGAUCAGAGGCUUGCUCGUCAAGGAGGCCCACCAGAGGCUCAGCGCCGAUAGUAUUUUGAAACAUCCCUGGAUCAAUCCCGGGCCGACUUCCGUCGAAACUGGUGAUCGAUCGCUUACCACGCCUCAUAUCAUAAGGAGGAACAACUCCGCUAGAGAACUCUCAGCGUUCGCUGAGUCUGCAAUGGCUGUGAAUCGUGUGGUACUUCAGCAUUUCUCUCUAAAUCUCGAGGAGCUGGCGGAGAACCGGGAGCCUAGACUGUCGACGUCAUCGACCGACGACGACAACCAUCCGUACGGUCACAUGUCCGACUCCAGCAGCGAGCUGUCCGAGAAUAGCAAGCACUUGACGACGCAUUCUUCUAGCGAGUUCGACGGCACACGGCCAAAGUCUUGCUCCGUGCGCUCCAGCGUCGAUCUCAACGACCCCAAGAUCAUCGGCAAGAACCGCGUCAUCGGUAAGGACUCGCUGCAGAAUUGGUUCGGGCUGUCGCCGCCGACCGAGAGUCGUCUGAUGCAGCGCCGUUUGAAGGCACGCUCGGACCUGCUCGAACGUCAGACCGGCAAAGCGGUGAUUGCGUCUCCGAGUGGCUGAGAGGUCGCUGUAGAACCGAUCACUUCUUCUCGCUACAGUAUCACUUGUCUCUUUGUAGCUACAUGAAAACGCGAACGAUGUACAAUACCUUUUCCAAUGGCUUAGGAAGCUAACGUAGCAUAAGUCGAGUCUCUGAUUCUGCGCGGAUAAUGAGAACAGGCUCAAUCAUUUACGAUAGUGACGACAGCGAUAAUAAUCGAAAAGUAUUUCGCCGCGAAAAGUAAUCCAACAGAAAGAACAUCGUCGUUAUCUUCUUUUUUUCUCAAUAUAGUUGUAAGUCUCUUUUGUUUUAAACUUUCCUUUCUAACAGGCAGUUGGAUGGCAACCAGGUUUGUUUUUAUUUCCAAUGAAAGAUGUCUCUUCGCUCUUGGAAUUAAUUUCAAAAUAAUUGGUAACGCGAUAGUUACCGAGACACUUAAAUGAUGUAACUAUUAAUAUAAUGUACGGAAAAAAAUGUAUAAAAUAUAAAAUAAGGGAUUUAUAGAGAUUUCCGUUUAGAAUAUAAAUCUUAAUCGUAAUAAAAUAAUGUAAAUCGCAUCGAAGUGUACCCGGUCGCGGUACACGAGGACUACACUCGUCACAUAAUCGGAGCAGGGAGGGAGAUAAUUAUACCGCGGUUUGACUUCGAUCAUCGACGUUUCGCUCCGCGCGCGAGUAAAUUCCUUUCUCGUGUCACUUGGAAAUAAAAGCAUGCCUGACUCUCAUCGAACGCUGUUACCCCCGCUGCGUGUAAUCUGUUAUUCACGCAGCCAUAUGUUGCAUAUUGUACAGAGAUAGCUACACAACACGCGCGUCGGAACAUUUUCAUCCGCGGAUAUACAUACCGACGUACAUUUGAAUAUUCCGUUCAUUCGCACGCCGAACAUCGUGUUGUGCAAAGUGAAUCGACUUUGUGGAUAGGCAUCCCGAACACGAUUCGGAAUAGCACGUUGCCUGCGUCAACUGACGUUGACGGUGGUCUUGUUCCUUCGCUACGUGGCAGUGUGUACGUUACGACACGUGCGCGCGUUGUGUGUAGGGCAGUUCGGAAGGAAAGGGAAGGAGGAAGAAGGAAAGUAAAGACCCUCGUGAUCGUGAUAGUUCGUGCGCGCUUGGACGCGCACGAAUGUCCUAUUACGUAAAUAUUAUUUUUAUUUUUUUUUGUUCGCUGAAUUCUUUAAAUUGAAAAAACAGGAAAAAAAAGAAAAAAGAUCUACAGACGCAACCGACGUAAGGCGAAAAAGAUGUUCCUUUUAUUGCUUUUUUGAUAUUGUUUCAUGUACGUUCGAGCCAUAAUAUAUCCUCGAAUUGGAGCAAACGGAGGGGGGUGAGCGCGUCUCGGCCCACAGGUGCAGAUCAGUUUGCUCAUAUUAGAUUUAAUAGAAAACGCGAUAGAUCGUAAGUCGGCAAGAUUUCAAAGCAACAUUUGAAUGAAGUUUACGCGAAAGUGGAUCAAAAAAGAGAAAGUGGCUAGCUCGUUUCAAGUUUCUCUAUUGUUAAAUUAACGGGGUAUCGUUUAUUGAUUUACAUGUUGAGUACUUUUGUAGAGUUUUAUCGACCAAAAAUUAUUUUAACGCCAGCACGCCCACGAUAAUACUUUAUAUCUUCGUACAAAUUGUUUGUCCUUACUAUAACUUGAUUCCAUAAUUGUGCACGAAAAUCUGCGAAACAAGUUUGGUUCGAACAGAAGUCAACUAUCGAUCAUUUCAUAUUUUAUCGAUACAUUUUAGGGGGGGAAAUGAAAGAGAUACAAAGAAAUUUUGUUUCAUUCACGUCUUGAUGGGGUUGGACAGAUUUUACUCAGGGCAGCUGGGAGACCGCUGCGCACGGUAUUCUAUACUCGUACAAUUUGAAAGCGGCGAGGAUGAGAGAAUGUGAAGAAGCUAUCUGUAAGAUAUACAAAGUGCAGUCCCUCCGGAAUCGACAUCAGGAUCGUUGGCAUUGGGAUUCCGGGAUCUUCCGCGUAGAAGACGCGUGACUCCGGAGGGCUGCGAGUGUAACAUGCGUUUGUACGUUGUAAUUGCAUCAUUGGAAACUUUCUUAGAAAGUCAUUCGCUUGCUGUAGCAUAUACGGCGGAUAUGGCUUUUGUCAACCUCUGUCUUCUUUGUACUUUGUAAGUACCGAUAAGGUAAAGAGUUAGAGUUUAUAGCGCGCGUGGAUGAGAUUAUAUAAAUAUAUAUAAAUAUAUAUAUAUAUAUAUAUAUGAGAGUCCGUGUAAAUAAAAGAGAAGCUACGGUGUGUAGAGAUACGGAAAGCAAUAUAUAAUGCGAGCUCUCUUAAGAGGGAAUAUUGGAAGAUUAAUAUAUUUAUCGGCCUCUUUGCGCAAGACUAAACAACUUUUCGCGUUGUUCCUUGAUCAGCUGUAACACGAAAUUAUAUUUCUAUCAUACAAAAAGGUUAAUUUUUCCCGCUUGUCUUUCUUAAUUUGUCUUGCGCCAAGUUCCAUACGGUACCCACAUUACACAUUAAACAAUUGAGCGUGCCGCUUAGAAAAGCUGCGAAAUUAUUCAUUGUCUCUUCUACCGGGUCGAGAAACGAAGGGAUUUUUCUUGUGUCGAUCGUGCGUUUUUGGUAAAGUAUCAAUAUAGGCUCGAAUGUGUGUAUGUGUGUGUGUGUGUGUGUGUGUGUAAAAAAGUGAAUGCUCUUUUUUCUUUUUUAAGGAAAAAGAAUAUACAACAUAAGAGGACGUGAAAGAGUGAGGUGCGUAAGGAAAAAAAAUAUAAAAGGAAAAGAAAAAAUAUACAAAUGGCCAUAAUACACAGAUCUGUAAGCGUAACGAAUUUAAGAUUGUAUAAUACAGUGCGAGUAUAAAUGUGACGUGUGUGCAUGCACGCGUGCGUGUGUGUGUGAGUGUGUUUGUAUGCGUGCGUGUGUUUGCAAGCGUGAAGAGGAAGCGCGUGGCAGAAAUUAAUUACUAGCCUUUAAGAGAAAACCCAACACCUUGUCGUAAGUUUGUAGCGUAAGUUUGUACCGCUGAGCCAUACCGAUUGUCAGAUCGUUGCUUAUUUUUAUCCCUUUUACACGCAUCUCACCACCUUGUACCGUUCCCGCGAGUGGAUCGUACUUUCGUUCGCCCCAUUUCACGUCAGUUAAAUGCGGCCGGCGGUAAUUGUUUUCGAUUGAAGAUUGGCAUUGUGAUAACGCGCUUCUUGUGCAGUGGCUGGACCAUAACACUGAACCCAUCGGUAUGGCGCGGCGGUCGGCUGUACAUGCGAAACGCGGAGACAUUAUCAUUCUCAUUUUCUUCCCUGUAGUACACAGUAAGCGUUGAUAAGUCUCUUCGCCCCGAGUGGGGCGAGCUAAUGUGAGAGAGGCGUGUAUGGAGUUGGGAGACGUCGGUGUGUGUUUUUCGCGUCGUGCCAACGCCGCGUGGCGCGGGUAUAAAUACGGAGGAGGAGUCACGAUGCGGCAGGGGGGGGGGGGGAGGGAAAGAGGCGGUGAGAGAUUUUCGUUACACUUUUUCAAGAAAAAAAAAUGCGCGAAAAACGGAAGAAAAAUAAUCGUCACGUGUCAUAUACAUUUUUAAGUGGUACGCAUCCCGUUCCUCUCAUCUUAUCCGCACACUCUUCGUCGGGUCUCGUCCCGUCGUGAAAUCCGCUUAUCGAGGGGUGGUAUCCGCGCGGUUGACACAUAUCUUCACGAGGGAUGCGCAUCUUCCCCUUUCUAUUUUUUUUUUGCGCGCGAGAAGAUGAAAGGAGGUGUGUUAUCAAAAGUACGACGAGCGGGCGUAUCCUCCGUUCUAUCUCAGAGAGAGAGAAAAAUCGGAUAUUUUUCAAGCACAGGCUGUACUGUGUUCGAGAUCACCGAGGUCACCUGCGAACCUCGGUCUCGUCGAACUAUUCAGUUCUUUGUUCGGGGAUGGUGGGAGAAGCUAAGAGUGCGCGGCGACUCGACAAGAGCUGAUUUUCCAUCACUUUUCUUAUUCUUGUAAUCGUAGUAGGUAUAUCGAACGAAGGUGGGACAGUGAGAGAAAACUGGAGAAUGUAAAUAAGAUUUAUCUCGUAGCUAUAGUGCCUAUAUCCUAAAGGAGCUAGAUUGAUAGGUAGUGCUCCCCGGUUUUCAUCCUAUCCAAUCUUUCCUCCCUCCUUCUCGCCCUUCCCACAAAGCGCAACGCACGUCCCUCCACGUUUUCACGGCUCCCCGAGUCCGGCCACCAUCCCUCGUCUCCGUCCCUCCUCUCCUCCCUCUAUCUCCUCUUCUCCGAAAUUGAAACAUUCCUCUCCGAAUCAGCCGAGCCCUGUAAACCCUCCUACUCCUCCUCCUCCUUCCCCUGCUCCUCCACAAUCCCUGUUUCCACGCGUCCCAAAAAAAUUGUUAUAAAACGAGAAAAAUGGCCAAAAAAUAUUUUUUAUUUUUCAUACCCACUUGUAUGUAGAACAUAUACGAUAUAUUUUUUUGACACGGUUGAGGAAACGGAGCUUGAUUGCGAAGAAAGGAGGGGGCGGCCGUAUCGCAUUCCCGGGACCGUCCUCCGUAGAUUCCGAUUGAAAAUGUCCGGGAGAGACGUCGGGGGAUGCGAUGGCCUCUCUCUUGUUCCUUGCGUUUGGUGCGAUAUCUUACUGCUUAGUAUUAGAGGUUUUGUAAACCGAAGUCGUUCUUCAGUUUUGUGAGAGUAAAAGAGAGAAAGCGAACGAGCAAGAGAGAGAGAGUGUGUGAGAGAGAGAGAGAGAGAAAACGUUCGAGAACAGGGCUGAAGUCCGCUUAACAACGUGCUCACGUACAAUUUUCAAAACUGCGAUAUUCGACAUGCCUUCUUUCUUUCUUUUCAAGGGAAAGAAUAUCAAACCCCGAGAUGUCUUUUCGAUUUUACCGCGAGAUUCAAUCACACAAGUCAUUUAAUUUGAAACGCUCGUGUCAACGUCGUCCCUCUUGGAUUAUCUCCGAAUGGGCGACAUCAGAUUCUAAAGAAAAAAGCAUAUACAUAUACAUAUAUCGUGAGCACGGAGGCGCUAAUUUCUCGUACGUACUUUUAUCCGUAUUUUAAGUGGCGCGCGUUAGUUACCCUAGCGCGAGAAACAUGUAAAUGUUGAGACUGGAUUACGAACGUACAAAAAUACCUUAUACCUGUAUAACAAGACAUGUUAAUCACUUCGCGACUUUUGAUCAACGCGUACGAUCGUCCGAAGGAGCGGGAAGUGCGCUCGUAAAUUCGAAUCGAUUCGAUUCGAUCCACGCGCGGCAAUUCUUGGCUCGAGCAAUUAUCCGCGAAUCUGAUUGCAGGCCGGCAAGUGGCGUGAUUGGAUGAAAAAGAAAAAUCUGAUUUGUCAUUAAUUCCUCACACGAUUGAUCAUUAAAAUGUAUAUUUUUUAAGUGAAA